CAGAACAGAAACUAUUUCGUUCAGUGUUUUUCAGACAUUUAAGUCUAUAGUCGUUUAACUGCUCAGCUUUCAAUGUUUUCCUCAUUCAUUUCCAGCCUUUAGAAAACCUCGGGAAAAAAAACUGUUAUUUCAAAUAAACUAAAAUGUCUUCAUCAACAUACCAACAGUAUACUGGUGUCCCGUAUAAAGGGCUUUGGAACCAGGGGUUUACCUGCUACCUGAACAGCGUCCUGCAGGUGCUCUUCAUGACCCCAGACUUCAGAGAAGCCCUCCAGAGAAGCCCCCCCGGAUCACUAGAUAGUUAUCUGGAGGAGCUUUUUGAUGACUUGAAGAAACAAAACGGCAAUACUUAUAAAAUCACGAAGGCGCUGGGAAUCACUGAUGUUCAUGCUCAGGCUGAUGCUGCUGAAUGCUUUGAGAACAUAUUGAGGAAUAUAACCAAUCCUGAAGCGUCUCAGAUAUUUCAGGGUGUUCUGAGAGUCAAGAACAAAUGCUCCAAAUGUGACACUGAGACAUGUGAUGAUAAUCCAUGCUGGAGUCUCCCUCUGGAACUGGUGGAUUCAGAGGCGGAGUACAGAGUUGAGGACGGCAUCACUCAAUACUUCCGUCCGUCAGAGGUCAACGGUCCGGACCAGCUGUUCUGUGAGGACUGCAAAGUCAAAACUGAUUCUACAGUUAAACUUGAACUGAAACAACAUCCUGAAGUUCUGAUGCUGCUGCUGAAGAGGUUUGAUUACAGUAAUAUGUAUUAUUACAAAGUGGAGCGCAGAGUGGAGCUUCCUCCUAUUCUAGAGAUUCAGAACCAGACAUAUGAGCUGUAUGCAUUUGUGGAACAUCGUGGUAAUUUGAAAUGUGGAAAUUACACUGCAAUUAUCAAGUCCCACGAGGAUGGGAAAUGGUAUCACUUUAAUGACAGUAGAGUUAAUCUUUACUAUCAGUUCUUCCAACUGGAUACAAAGGAGACAUCUCGGGGUGCUUAUCUGCUGUUCUACAGGAAAAUUUCUGCAGAGGAAGCGUUGAAUGAAGAAAAUAACAAGGAGUGCACACCUGAAUCCUCUGAAACACUCAGAGGUGAAACAAAUGAACCAAAAGAAUAUGAGGAGACUGUAGACAGUCAGAGGAGCCAUGAGAAACCACAGAGCUGUGACAGUGAAGAAAGACAAGAAACAGAGGAGAGUCUUAAGAAGAAAAUAAUUAGUGUGGAGAAAGAAGAAGAGUUGAAAGAUAAGAUGAUGAAGAGUUUGAGGAAAGAAGUUGAAGAGUUGAAAGAUCAGAUGAUGGUGAAUUUGAGGAAAGAAGAAGAAGAGUUGAAAGAUCAGAUGAGAAUGAGAUGGAGGAAUGAAGAAAACUUGAAAGAUCAGAUGAGGAUAAAUUUGAUGAAAGAAGAAGAAAACUUCAAAGAUCAGAUGAGGAUGAAUUUGAGGAAAGAAGAAGAAAACUUUAGAGAUCAGAUGAGGAUGAAUUUGAGGAAAGAAGAAGAAAACUAUAGAGAUCAGAUGAGGAUGAAUUUGAGGAAAGAGGAAGAAAACUUCAAAGAUCAGAUGAGGAUGAAUUUGAGGAAAGAAGAAGAAAACUUUAGAGAUCAGAUGAGGAUGAAUUUGAUGAAAGAAGAAGAUCAGAUGAGGAUGAAUUUGAAGAAAGAAGAAGAAAACUUGAAAGAUCAGAUGAUGAUGAAUUUGAGGAAAGAAGAAGAAAACUUUAAAUAUCAGAUGAGGAUGAAUUUGAUGAAAGAAGAAGAUCAGAUGAGGAUGAAUUUGAGGAAAGAAGAAGAAAACUUGAAAGAUCAGAUGAGGAUUAAUUUGAAGAAAGAAGAGGGAAACUUGAAAGAUCAGAUGAGGUUAAAUGUGAAGAAAGAAGAAGAAAACUUGAAAGAUCAGAUGAGGAUGAAUUUGAGGAAAGAAGAAGAAAACUUGAAAGAUCAUAUGAGGAUGCGUGCUGAGAAGCAGAAAGAAGAAGAAAACAUUCCAGAACACCAGACAAAAGCUUCCAAACAUUUGACAUUUUAUGACCUUUAUAAGAAUCCGUUACAGAGCAGUGGAGAUGAAAGCAGAGUGAGAUCUUCAGAGAGGAGUCAGGAACUAGAGGGAGAGAACAGGAGAAGAUCAACACAGCAUGAGCAACAGAGCGAGAACAAAUCCACAGUAAACAACAUUUAUACAGGAAGUCCGACAGGGAGAAGAAGUAUCCAGAGCAACGGAAAUAUGGAGACAGUAGAAGUUCAAAGAGCAGAACAUGUUCACAGCAGUAAUGUCUCCACUUCAGUGAAAGAUUUUGAAAGCUUAAGCAAUGAAGCCUGUGGUCAAAGCAGAGAUGAUCCUUCAAACAUGAAUGUGGAACAUGAUGAAGGAAGCAGGAAGAACUCAUGUAUUCAACAGAGAGACACAGAUACUGGAAACAAGCAGAGAACAAAUGAGAAACUUCCACAAACUGGAGGAACUACACUGACUAAUGAUGGAUGUGAUGAUGGUUCUGAUUCUGUUCAGUGCUCUGGAGGAUCACAUCGCUCAUCCAUGUUAUUUAGAUUACAAGAUCAAAUUUCUGGAAAAAAGUUAGAUUUUUUAGCAAAGAGAACACCACAUGAAGAGAUAGUGUAUGUAGUACCCAAAAGAAAAUAUAGCAGAGAAUCUGGAGAUGAUCAACAACACAAACACAACGAUGAACGAAUGUCUGAAAGAAAUGGUCAAAACGAACCAACUUUAAAUCGUCCUGAGAGUUCCUGUAACCAAGAAGAUCACCAAACUGAGCUCUCCAAGAAGAUCCUUCAGUAGGAUGCAACAUGUGAAUUUAACAAUGCUUCUCAACAUUAUCAUUUCCAACAAUGUAGCCCAAAGAUGACACCUGAACACAGAGCUCCAUCAACACAUGAUCUAGAGGACCAUUUGACAAACUCUGUACAGAAAUUGUCUUUAGCAGACAGGUAGGCACAUGAGGGAAAUCUCACAAACUUGCACAAAAAGCCUGCUGAAAAUGUCACUGCUCCCACAGACACUUUGGUUAUUUCGACUCCUUUUGGUCCCUCAAUGGAACCAAUGAAUCAUAUUUCUGCUCACCAUGAGCCUGCUGGUUCACGGUCAGGUUCUGGAAUCGGAACCAGAACACAGUUCAGGUCUGAAAGUCUGACGCGAGAAACUCAAGAGCUCAUUAAUGACUGCAGGGGGCGAGACUCUGCUGGCUCACAGGUAGUUAUAACUAUAGACCCAGCUGAUCCUAAAGGUUGUUUUUACCCCAAAACUCAUCAGUUGUGACCAACAACAGUUGAACAUGAAUAUAUUUUUGUUUCAGUCUAAACGUUUACUUUUACUUUGUUAGGUGUUCUUAUUCA